UUGAAUUUGUUGCCACCCCGAUCCCGAACAAAAAUGAAAGUAGAAGCUGGGGCUACAUCAAUGUCUGAAGAAUUAAGCGCUGCAGCUACAGAACAAGGAUUCGAUUCUUCAGAUGAUGAUUCUGGAGAAGUUGAUUUAUCACCGCUGGACAUUUCAUGGCUAGAUCUGACAUGUUAUGGAUUUGAAUCUCCAGUUGGAAUCACAUCCUUACCUGGAUGUCGUUUCAAGGAUGUGUGGAGAUCUCUGGAGAAUGACAUAAAGUGUUUGGUCUCCGAGGAGGUGCAGGAUGUUUACUGUUUGUGUAGUAAGGGGGAGCUGACCAAGUACCGCGUCCAGUGGCUACUCCACGAGUUAUCGGGAGCUGGCUUUACCGUCCACCAUUUCCCGUUUCCAGACGGUCAGCCCCCGACCACGGCUCAACUGAUGAAGAUCAUAGAAGAACUCAAGAUCAGUCUUAACAACAAGAGGAAAUCCAUCAUACAUUGCUAUGGAGGAUUGGGAAGAUCUUGUGUAGUGGGUGCCUGUUUUUUGUUAUCACUGGAUUCUGAGAUUACCCCAGAGAAGGCAAUAGAGAAAAUGAAAGAACUGAGAGGACCAAGAGCUGUUCAGACUGUUAAGCAAUUUAACUUCAUCAACGAGUUUCCACAAACCUUAGCAGAUUUCCAGAGGGAAUCAGAAGACAUGGAAAUAAAGGGGAGAUCUUUGUCAAGAUGAAUUUAAGCUUUGUUCUAUAAAGUAACACGUGCACUUAGUGAUAACUUUGUACUUUACAGUAAUUGCAGUAUACUUAAUGACAACUUUGUAUUGUUAUUAUUGAUCCUAGUCAAUGUACAUUUCUACUAGAUAUCGUGAUUGGAAU